AUGGCAACCAGAACGGUCGGCGAUAAAGCGAAAUGGCGCAGGAGAAAAUUAUCAAAGAUUCCUGACGAUGACAAUGACUGCGCUAGUUUGGCGUGGCUACUUAAUUUUCGACUGGACGCGCUUGUAAAUGUGACGGUGCCUGAAGAUGAGGUGCGCGUUGAGGAACCUCUGACUGUGAAGAAACCGCCUUACACGUAUCCCGAACUAAUCGAGCGAGCUUUGAGAGAAAGAGGGGAGCUUACAGUCUCGGGAAUUUAUCAAUGGAUUUCUGACCACUUUCCUUUCUACAAAGCGAAUGAUGAGCGUUGGAAAAACUCUGUUCGACACAACCUGUCCAUCAACCCUCACUUCCGCAAGGGUGCGCGGGCUUCACAAGGCGCUGGUCACCUUUGGUCGUUAGCCGCCAAUGCAAUAGACCUGCUGCCACAGAGGAGAGAACAAGAGAAGACUGAGCGAUUGGAAGCUCAUAUAAUUGAGUGUCCCAAGGUGAUCGUACUAGACGAGGCCGCUAUUGCUGCGGCGAGUAUUAUUCCUGAUCAAGACAUAUUCAAUGGAGGGGCAAUGUUCCUUAACCCCGUAUCAGCGGAGCAAGUGGUGCGCGAGUGUGGACUCAUCACUGGCCUAUAA